GCACUUUGGCUAGCGAGAGGCCACACACCACAUUUACUUUGUGAUUAUAAUUUUUUGCUUGCGCGUGCGAUGACGACACAGACUGUUUACGCCGCCAUGGUAAUUUGGAGUGCACUUGGACUCUCGUAAGCCGUUAGCAGAGAUUAAUGGACGCUUACCAGUGCCUCAUGCGUUCCAAAUGGAGAAGAGGCAAUGUGUGCCGUUCUUCAAGAAGAGGUUCCCACUGAGGUGUUGAGAUGUCUUGUGACAGUGCUGAAAGCGCUGUGGGCUACAACAGAGGCAUCACGCGUUGUCCCGUCCUGGUGAACCAGAGAUGAGCAGCCUGUCGGUGGACGGCAGACCUCUCAACAUCCAGGACAUGCCCUUUCGACCGCUCGAGGGCACGACUGAUGUGGCAACCAGACCACCUCAACGAUGCAAUCCACUUCCCACCGUUUCGGAACCUUGCUUUGUCCAGCCUUUGUUACAUCCGAGGGAUUCUCGCCCCUCUCAUGGGCCAGUCAAUCAUGUGGCCAAACGCAAGAUCUCUGUCGUCCACGGCCCCCUCGUGCCCCCUCCCCCCAACGCUACACUGCACGGUGUGGCACCUUCGCGGAUGAACCUCUCUGGGAAAGCGGAGCAGCUGCCCAGUAUUACAAAUGCAACACAGGGACUAGAAGCCUUCACGAGGAGGAUAGGUACUGGGAGCAGUAGUGUCAUCUGCUCAACAGAAGCCAAAGAUGGAGAAAGGCACGAUGAGCAAGACAGGCUCUCCUUCGUCGAGACCAUACUGGGGAGUCAGAGUACGGACAUUAACAUGCCAAGUUCCAUCUAUGGCACCCAGGUUGCGAGCGUUGAGCGCAAGUUACAGGGAUUGGUUUUGGGUGGAGCUGCGGCGGCGAGGGAGAGCGUAGUGGUUAACGUGCAGGAGCGGACGCUGCCGCCGCAGGACGACUCUGCAAAGGUCUGUGAGGCACCGGUGAAGAACGAGCCUGGUGAGGUGCUACAAAAGCCCAAGAUCACCAGUCCUCAAAUCCUGGAGCAGCACAUCAGCAAGAUCAUUUCGCAGAACGCUGCCAUUGUGGAGACAUUGGAUCCGCUAUGGGCCAAGCGCUACAUGCGCCACAGCAGUGGCACAGGGUUUCCGUGCAGCGAGUCCAACAGCAGGCAGAAUGGGGCUCUCCGCUCGAGGAAGUUCAGCAUGGACCCAAGCUGUCUGUCGCGCUCCAAGCUGCAGUCUGCGCUGAUGGGUGCCGCUAAGGAUCGCAGAAAAACUUCAGAGGGUCACCUAGGAGUGGACCUUGCUAGGACAACACCAGGGAGACACCCUGGUCCUGCUGUUGCUUCUAGCAGCAAGGAAGUGCUCACGAGGUGCAAUGUGCCGACAGUAGUGAUAACCACGGACGACUCGGAUGCACAGAGCUCCAGUGACGACAUGGCUUCCCAGAACCCGGAGGGCAGCAUAAUUAAGGACCUGCUGCUAAAGAGACGAAGUUCGAAAUUCUACCAGGGUGUGGUGAGUGGUGGUGAAGGUUCUGACCAUCAUUUUGCUGAGGAACCAAUGCAUACAUGUCCACGAUGCAAGAUCAGCUUCCGCAGUCGGGACACACUGGAUGUCCACUGCCAACAUUACUGUAAGGGUGAAGUGCCCCUGGCCUGCCCUCCUCCGUGGAGUCCCGAGGACGUGUCACCACGAAAGUUGCUGCCGACGCCCGCCUCCAAUCCGCCCCCGAAGAAGCGCAAGAUUUCGGAACCUGUGCUGUCUCUCAGUAAAGACCCCCCUUUGGUACCCAAGAGGGCAGCUGAUGACAUGCUUACGGAUACAGCCCGCUUUGUUUCUCGUGCUUCGGUGUUGCGUUGCAGUGAGACAGCUCGCCCACUCGAGGUGCACGUCAGACCUCAGACUGAAAGGGUUGAACAGAAGUCCACCGCCUCAUCCACGACCACCUCGCUUCAAAUGAUACCUUCGUACGUGUGCGCCCCUGCUACCAGCUCAGACGCACUGAGACGUCCAAACACACUAGCAUUGCAACCGGCAAGUCUAGUUGGGUCGACGCUAGUGAGCCCCGAAACCCCGCGCCCAAAGAAGCAGUGCCUUCAGCUGUACAUCAACGGACAUGCUUACACUUACCUCGGUCUCAAGUGCUCCACACGGUCCACGUACUGUUGCAUAUACCGCCCGCAGCCGAUGUAUGUGCCGCAGGAUGCAAAUCCCAAGCUGUCCAUGUACUCCAACUGGAGAGUGGUACCUGCCCCGCCUCCAGUGCCAGGUGUGAAGCCCGAGACAUUGCUCUCUCUCUAUGACUCUCGCCAGUGGUUGCACGAGGGGAAGCAACACAAUGCAGUGAGCACAUGCAGCUCUGCUUCUUUGGUGACCCAUUCCAGCUACUGGCUGUACAGGAGUCGAGACAAGACAGCCAGCUCUUCUGAAUCUUCAGAGUCCUCCGAAAGUGAUAGCUCACGGAAGCAAUCUACGGUGAGCGAGCCAGAAACAGAUGUUUCCACGAUGAGCCCCAGAAGUAGUGCUGUGGAAGGAACAGCUGUGUCUGAGGAAAACACUGCUAAUAUAAUUCAUACACGGGAUGACUCCGCAUCGGGACUGCAUCAAGAUAGCCAAGAUGAAGAUGACUGUUCUGGUGAGGCCCCAAAGCGAGUGAAGAUCUUUGAAGGGGGAUUCAAGUCAAAUGAGGACUACACCUACGUCAGGGGCCGUGGCAGGGGAAAGUACGUCUGCGAAGAAUGUGGCAUCAGGUGCAAGAAGCCAAGCAUGCUGAAGAAGCACAUCCGCACCCACACUGACCUUCGUCCGUAUUCAUGCCGCCACUGCAGUUUUGCCUUCAAAACAAAAGGCAAUCUCACAAAGCACAUGAAGUCUAAGGCACAUCACAAGAAAUGCGUCGAGCUUGGCAUUGUACCUGUGCCAACUACCAUAGACGACUCUCAGAUUGAUGCUGAAACACUCGCUAAGCAGGAACAGCAACGAAGGGACCAUCCCUGCUCGGAUGAAGAUGACGACGAUGAUGAAGACAUUGAUGAUGAGGACAGUGAUGGUGUCGACGAGGACUAUGAUGUGGAGAACGACGGCGUUCCUAUCCCUUCUCCAGUCCCACAACUGCCUGUGAGCUGCACCUUGACCAGCGUAAUCACAGCUGUUGGAACAGCUAAGGACAUCGUUCCCAUCAUGGUGACAGCGGAGAACGCCAUGGUAGUAACGGCUGUGGCCUCCCCACAACCGCAGACAUCCAUGGAAGACGAACAGGAAGCAGCAAGGAGCUUGCUCCACUUGUCAAACUUCGCAGCUACCGAAUCUGGCUGGCAUCCCCAGCUUGCUCCUCCAGUUAUUCAAACAGCUGCACCAACAGCCCCCACCAUCUCUGAAACCGUUGCUCCACUGCCUCAGCACCAAGUGCCCAUCAGCUUCAGUCAACCGGACACCCUGCCACGUGCCCCCGAAAGUCCUCCCAUGUGGCCGCACCACGACGACACCAGCAACUCUUCGGGCUCCCUCUCCCCGUGGGCCCACAUGGGGGGACGCAGGCCGCGCUCGUUUUCCGUGGACAUGUCUCAAGAGCAGCGCCACCUAAUUCAGCAGACGGCGGGCAGCCCAAACGAAGAGCCCGGAGAGUACGUCACCCGCCGCUACUCCAUGUCGUCGCUCUGCGAGAGCAGACAUUUCCCGCGGAGCAUGUUGCACGGACAGCUGCAGGACGGCCCCAUGGACCUGAGCACAGCGAGGCAGCGCCGCGUGGAGAUACUUCCGGGAGGGAUCGUCUCCGGGCGCAACGUGAUGUCCUACGCCCGCAAUCCGCCGUCCCUGGACAACAAGAAGGAGCCCGAGAGCCUCCUCGGGGCGUGCCUCCAGUACGGGAGCGCGACGACCUACUGCCGCUCCCAGAACGACGCCCCUGCCGCGGAAGCUGGGGACGGAGGAGCCGAGCACCGGUCGUCCUCGCCGGAAGCCCUGUGGGCCAACGACCUGCUCCGUUCCGCGGAGAUGUCGCACGGCGAGGGCAAGUGCACGUGCGGCAUCUGCCACAAGACGUUUCCCAAGGCCAGUCAGCUGCGGAUGCACGUCAACAUCCACUACUUCGAGCGCCCCUUCCGCUGCGACAACUGCGCGGUGUCGUUCCGCACCAAGGGUCACCUGCAGAAGCACCGGCGCUCGGUGAGCCACUACAAUCGGGUCAACAUGAACCUGACGUUUGGCACGGCCACCGCGGAGAACCCGCGGCCUUUCAAGUGCGCCGACUGCAAGAUAGCGUUUCGGAUCCACGGGCACCUGGCCAAGCACCUGCGUUCCAAGAUGCAUAUUCUGAAGCUGGAGUGCCUUGGGAAGCUGCCGUUUGGGAUGUACGCUGAAAUGGAGAGGUCGGGCAUCAGUUUGAAUGAGAUAGACACUUCGGAUUGUGACAACUCCUUGGAGAGCUUGCAGGUGAUGGCACAAAAGCUCUACCACCAGUCUCCGGAGGCAAGGCUCAGUACAAACGGAGAAGACGCACCGUGUCAGCGGCCAGGGGACAUGACGCCGUUGCUCACCUGCGUUCCCGCGAAUACUGUGACCGAGGCGCCCCCUGCCUCCGUGCUCCGGACAGAACUGGGCACCCACACCAUCAUUGCACCCAGUGAGGCGUGGGAGGCACCACCCGGUGCUCGCACCUGUCCUCUGUGCAGCCGUUUGCUCAAGAGUGCAAAGUCACUGCAAGUGCAUCUCCACUGUGAGCACGGAGGUGGUAGCCUCACCUCGAGUCCAGAGCCUGUUGCCUCCUGGACCUGCUCAAUAUGCAACAGGCGAUUUCCUUCAGACUCUCUACUGCAGCAGCAUUUUGUGUCGCACACGCAACCUCGGCCGUACGUGUGCGACCGCUGUGAUGCUGGUUUCACUUCUGCCUUGCUGCUGACCAACCACAUGGCAACGCACGACCAACAGCAAAGCACCCUUUCACAUCCCUUCACCGAGGAACACUCUCUUCACACUGGGCAAGCCCUCCCCACGGUUUGAGACCACAUCCACGCCUAUCGCCUGGCACGUGCUGCUGCGUGACUCCAGUUACAGUGAGCAAUGGGACAAUUGGAUCAUUUGCCAUGCUCCAUACUUUACCACUCCCCCAUCAUCUUUGAAACAUUGCAGGAUGUCUCAGUUUUUGCUUUACCGAUUUGUGUGUCAUCGACGGCUCCAUUCAGUGUUUACCCAAUAGCUGUCACCGAAGGCCUUUUGUGUACUUUGAUGUGAAGCAUGCCCGGAGGAAUCAAGACCAGUCAUGAUGCAAGAUAUUAUGGGUUGCGUUCAUCUCGUAACAUUUACUGCCUCAGGAGAGUGUCAAGUGAGAGGGUGCUUGCUCCGAAAUGCUGUCUUACAGGGAGAAUCUGGAUGCGAUUCGUUGUCAAGACGGAAGUAAUGGGUGCCUGCAUGCAGAAAUGCAUGCCCUUAUCUUCAGGACUAACUAAAUUUGGCAGUACGGGGCACGUGCAGACAAAAUAAACCCACGCUGCACACGUAAUGGGUUACCCGCUUACAGGAAUGAAGUUCCGGUGGCGCACGACGACGCAUCCGUGCGAUAAAAGAACCGCAAGAAAUAAUUGGGGCGACCAGACUGCGUUAGAAAAAAAUAUAGUCACGAAAACUUUGCUCUCCCUGUAGAACACCCUGCGCUUUAGUUUUAAAGUGAAAAGAAAGGCUGCGACGAGGGAUAGCGCCACCUAGUGUCUGAGGCCCUUUGGGGGAAUUUCCGAGGCAUAUCCUCAUUACGUGAGUUGGCAUAUCCAUCACUUAUAUACGGCUUUGUUUCC